ACAGAAAUGUUGGAAGACAGACCAGUUGGGAGUCACCAUCUAAUCCACCCUUGUCUGCUUUUUAUAAAUAAUGUUAACUGACCCAUCAUUUACUGGAAGUGGCAGUCAACCUGUGAAGAACGGGGAACCAAAAAGUCCACCUUGGGAAUGAUGGGAGUCGGGGUGAAGGAAUUGGGGGCAGAGACCAGGGACAGCAGUUGGGCCAGGCUCGCUCAGAGUCUCCGCAAUAUGGCGGCCUUGGAACCACCUGACCAGCAGGAGACGGAGCUCCGCCCCAGCUCUCCCGGCCCCACCCCGCUCGGCCCCGCCCAGCGCACCCCUCGACCGGGGCGCUGGGGUUGUGAGGUGUCUGGGCGAAGCGCCUGCGCAGUAGGCAGCGCGGGGCGGAGGCUUUAUAACCAUUUCGUCGCUGCCGCUCGGCUCCUAUCUCCGGGAGGGCUGCUAAGGCUGUGGCGGCGGCGGCGGCGGCGGCCGGGCGCCGGCUGAGGGGCACUGAGGCGGGAGCUGUGGCGGCGCUGGGCGCCCCUGGCCCCUUGGCCUCUGUGGGCCAUGGGCUCCGAGAAGGACUCCGAGUCGCCGCGCUCCACAUCCCUACAUGCGGCCGCGCCCGACCCCAAGUGCCGCAGCGGCGGCCGGCGCCGGCGCCUCACCUUCCACAGCGUCUUCUCCGCCUCGGCCCGCGGCCGCCGCGCCCGGGCCAAGCCGCAGGCCGAACCGCCGCCCCCGGCCGCUCCGCCGCCACCCGCCCCGGCCCCUGCCGCGGCCCAGGCCUCGCCGCCCGAAGCGCUGCCUGCGGAGCCGGCCGCCGAGGCCGAGGCGGAGGCCGCGGCGGCGGCGGAGCCCGGGUUAGACGAUGAGGAGGCGGCAGAGGGCGGCGGCUCGGGCUCGGAGGAGGUGGAGUGCCCGCUGUGCCUGGUGCGGCUGCCGCCCGAGCGGGCUCCGCGCCUCCUCAGCUGUCCGCACCGCUCGUGCCGGGACUGCCUCCGCCACUACCUGCGCCUGGAGAUCAGCGAGAGCAGGGUGCCCAUCAGCUGCCCCGAGUGCAGUGAGCGACUCAACCCGCACGACAUCCGCUUGCUGCUAGCCGACCCGCCGCUCAUGCACAAGUACGAGGAGUUCAUGCUGCGCCGCUACCUGGCCUCUGACCCGGACUGCCGCUGGUGCCCGGCCCCGGACUGCGGUUAUGCUGUUAUUGCCUAUGGCUGUGCCAGCUGCCCGAAGCUAACUUGUGAGAGGGAAGGCUGCCAGACCGAGUUCUGCUACCACUGCAAGCAGAUAUGGCAUCCAAAUCAAACAUGCGAUAUGGCCCGUCAACAGAGGGCCCAGACUUUACGAGUUCGGACCAAACACACUUCAGGUCUCAGUUACGGGCAAGAAUCUGGACCAGAUGACAUCAAGCCAUGCCCACGAUGCAGUGCUUACAUUAUCAAGAUGAAUGAUGGAAGCUGUAAUCACAUGACUUGUGCAGUGUGUGGCUGUGAAUUCUGCUGGCUUUGUAUGAAAGAGAUCUCAGACUUGCAUUACCUCAGCCCCUCUGGCUGUACAUUCUGGGGCAAGAAGCCAUGGAGCCGUAAGAAGAAAAUUCUUUGGCAACUGGGCACGUUGAUUGGUGCUCCAGUGGGGAUUUCUCUCAUUGCUGGCAUUGCCAUUCCUGCCAUGGUCAUUGGCAUUCCUGUUUAUGUUGGAAGGAAGAUUCAUAGCAGGUAUGAGGGAAGGAAAACCUCCAAACACAAGAGAAAUUUGGCUAUCACAGGAGGAGUGACUCUGUCGGUCAUUGCAUCCCCAGUUAUUGCUGCAGUUAGUGUUGGUAUUGGUGUCCCCAUUAUGCUGGCUUAUGUUUAUGGGGUUGUGCCCAUUUCUCUUUGUCGUGGAGGUGGCUGUGGAGUUAGCACAGCCAACGGAAAAGGCGUGAAAAUUGAAUUUGAUGAAGAUGAUGGUCCAAUCACAGUGGCAGAUGCCUGGCGAGCCCUCAAGAAUCCCAGCAUUGGGGAAAGCAGCAUCGAAGGCCUGACUAGUGUAUUGAGCACUAGUGGAAGCCCUACAGAUGGACUCAGUGUUAUGCAAGGUCCUUACAGCGAAACAGCCAGCUUUGCAGCCCUCUCAGGGGGCACACUGAGUGGCGGCAUUCUCUCCAGUGGCAAGGGAAAAUACAGCAGGUUAGAAGUUCAAGCCGAUGUCCAAAAGGAAAUUUUCCCCAAAGACACAGCCAGUCUUGGUGCAAUUAGUGACAACGCAAGCACUCGUGCUAUGGCCGGUUCCAUAAUCAGUUCCUACAACCCACAGGACAGGUUUAGCAUGACCCAUGCAUGACUCAGCAAAGUGGAUUUUGUCUCCACAGAGAAUGCAACAAUAUGGAAAUCCAAGUGGACAUUGAAGCCAAACCAAGCCACUAUCAGCUGGUGAGUGGAAGCAGCACGGAGGACUCGCUCCAUGUGCAUGCUCAGAUGGCAGAGAAUGAAGAAGAAGGUACUGGUGGUGGAGGCAGUGAAGAAGAUCCCCCCUGCAGACACCAAAGCUGUGAACAGAAAGACUGCCUGGCCAGCAAACCUUGGGACAUCAGCCUGGCCCAGCCUGAAAGCAUCCGCAGUGACCUAGAGAGCUCUGAUACACAGUCAGAUGAUGUGCCAGACAUCACCUCAGAUGAGUGUGGCUCCCCCCGCUCCCAUACUGCAGCCUGCCCCUCGACCCCCAAAGCCCAAGGGGUACCGAGCCCAAGUGCCCAAAUGAACCUCUCUGCCCUAGCUGAGGGACAAACUUUCUUGAAGCCAGAAGGUACAGAAGCCAGAGUAUGAAAUGGAAUGAAUGCUCCUGUUCUGAGAAGCACACUUGUUACUGCAUCUUUUGGAAUUUUUUUUUAUUUUUUUUUAUUUUUUUUUUUCAAGGGGUAGGGAUUUAUGUAUUUUAUUUCAAAGAUUCUCUGGUCACCGGUUUUCCCCAGGGAAAUUCUGAGAAAUUCACAAUUUCUUACCAGAUAAAACAUGAAAAGUUUGCCGUUAGUCCCCCUUCCCCCUCCCUCUUUUUAGUUUUAAUUUAUUGGUUAAACUGAUGACGGCAAUCUGUGAGGUGUGUCAAAGAGUGUACAUAUGUAUGUGUGUAUAUUGAAUGCUAAACAUAUUACCGAAAGACACAUUUUAAUAAAGAUUUCUGUCAUAAUUCAA